AUGGCUCUCUUGUUAAAGUCGUUUUUGACAAAUUCAAGGAUAUUUCCAGCAUGUUUGCGACUUCGCUCAACUCUCAGCUCUGAAAUGAUUGAAAACAUGGACAAGAAAGCCACCUGGGACCGCUUCUAUGUUGAAAACAACAGCAAGACGAGUCCAUUCAAGAACUUUGAGUGGUUUUUUGGCUUUGAAGCAGUGCAAAACAUCAUCCUGCCCUUAUUACAGAGCAGCACCAGUUUACAAGCCCCACUUCAAGUCCUGGAUAUAGGCUGCGGAACGUCUGCAUUGGGUCCAUCUGUGUACCGAAGCUGUUCUGUUCCAGUUCGGGUGACUUGCGGGGACAUUUCUCCUGUGGCCGUACGACUCAUGCAGGAGCAUGCCAGAGACGUUCCCCCUGGCAACCGCUUUUCACAGCUGGAAUUUGUGGAACUUGACUGUACGCAGCUGCAUAAACACUUUGGUCCUAGCAGCGUGGACCUCAUCGUGGACAAAGGCACCACAGAUGCUCUGUUGAAGUCCAAACAAGGGAAGACGAGCGCUGGAUUGGUGCUGAAGCAGUGUUUAAAGGCUCUCCGCCACUCGGGGUCUUUGCUCCAGUUCUCGGAUGAGGAUCCAGAUGCCAGGCUGGUUUGGCUGGAGACAGAAGCGCGGACAGCACGUGUUGGGGUACACGAAGUGGGAACACUGAGGGGAGUUUGUUACUUCUGCUAUCACGUCACUCCUCACUCAAGUGGACAGCACUGA